AUCCGUCAUGCACGCAGACUUUUCUGCUUUCCCUUCUCUCUCCGUCUCUCCUCUUCUCGCUCUCUCUCUUUCCUUGUUGAGAUCCAACUGAGAUCCAGAGCAAAGGAAGAGAGGAGGAAGAAAAGGGCAGCUGGGGGCACGAGAAUGGGGUGCCCUGUGAUCGUUCACGAUAUGCUUAAGCAGCCACUCUGGUUUAGUGUGCUGGUUGCUAUUGGUUCUCUUCUGGUUUUGAAGAAUCUGAUUUAUGCUGCGAAUUGGGUGUGGAUCACUUUCCUGAGACCUGGAAAGAACCUUAAGAAGUAUGGCUCGUGGGCUGUGAUAACCGGCUGCACUGAUGGUAUAGGCAAGGCCUUCGCGUUCCAGCUUGCUAGGAAAGGCCUCAACGUGGUGCUCGUCGGCCGGAACCCGGAGAAACUCGAGGAGGUCUCCGGCGGGUUGAAGUCCAAGUACCCCAAGGUGGAAGUCAGGACUGCCGUUGUCGAUUUCGCUGGUGACCUCCACGAAGGCAUUAAGAGAAUGGAGAAGGAGAUUGAUGGUUUGGAUGUUGGGAUUUUGAUCAACAACGCAGGUGUCUCGUAUCCGUAUGCCAGAUUUUACCACGAGGUUGAUCCCCAGUUGUUGAACAAUCUGAUCAAGGUCAACGUGGAAGGAACCAGCAAGGUCACUCAGGCCGUGUUGCCGGUGAUGCUGAAGAAAAAGAAGGGAGCGAUUGUCAAUAUUGGUUCCGGCGCUUCCAUUGUCAUCCCUUCGGAUCCCCUCUACUCUGUAUAUGCUGCCACAAAGGCCUACGUUGAUCAGCUGUCAAGGUGCCUAUAUGUCGAAUACAAGGGUAGCGGGAUAGACGUGCAGUGCCAGGUUCCACUAUAUGUAGCUACCAAAAUGGCAUCCAUCAGAAAGUCUUCACUGCUUGUACCAUCUGCUGAUACUUAUGCUCGGUCUGCCUUGCGUUGGGUUGGCUAUGAACCACGGUGUACACCCUAUUGGCCGCAUUCUGUUCUAUGGCUUCUGGCAAGCUUACUGCCUGAAUCUGCCAUUGAUGCAUGGCGUCUGAAGUUCUGCCUUGCCAUCCGUAAGAGAGGUCAGGCUAAAGAUUCAAGGAAGAAGGAAUAAGCUUUCAGGUCUAUUUGAUCAUUGAAUCACACAUGAGAUGGGCUCUGAAGCUCAUCAAUCUCUUGGGCUUUUUCACAGACAAAUUUAUAAAUAUGCGGGAAAGAUCAAUGUAUUUUGCUUUUCAGUUGUGACUUUCAGUAACUUGAGUUCUUUUGGACAUUUCCUGUUGUUCUAAUACUUCUGUAACUCAAGGGACCAAAUUGUACUUGCUUGUACUAGCUGGGUUAGUGAAAGUAGUUUUUCCUUUC